AUGUUACUCAUAUCUAUCUAUCUAUCUAUCUAUCUAUCUAUCUAUCUAUCUAUCUAUCUAUCUCAGUCUAUCUAUCUAUGUUGGUAUAUUAAAUAUCUAUCUAUCUAUGUUGGUAUGUUACAUAUCUAUCUAUCUAUCUAUCUAUCUAUCUAUCUAUGUUGGUAUAUUACAUAUCUAUCUAUCUAUCUAUCUAUGUUGGUAUAUUACAUAUCGAUCUAUCAAUCUAUCUAUCUAUGUUGGUAUAUUACAUAUCGAUCUAUCAAUCUGUCUAUCUAUGUUGGCAUAUUCCAUAUCUAUCUAUCUAUCUAUCUAUCUAUGUUGGUAUGUUACAUAUCAUAUCUAUCUAUCUAUCUAUCUAUCUAUCUAUCUAUCUAUCUAUCUAUCUAUCUAUCUAUCUAUCUAUGUUGGUAUAUUACAUAUCUAUCUAUCUAUCUACCUAUCUAUCUAUCUAUCUAUGUUGGUAUGUUACAUAUCUAUCUAUCUAUCUAUCUAUCUAUCUAUCUAUCUAUCUAUCUAUCUAUCUAUCUAUGUUGGUAUGUUACAUCUAUCUAUCUAUCUAUCUAUCUAUCUAUCUAUCUAUCUAUCUAUCUAUCUAAGUCUCAUGUUCCCUGUUAUGAACCUCCCGCGUUGUCAUUGCUACGGGAUCUGGAGAAACGCGUUUCCUUUGUGUUUUCUUCCUUGUCAAGAUGGAACGGCGUUUCCUGUUGCCUCCUAGCGGUGAUCCUUCCUCUCUGA